AGUAUCGUUCGGUCUUUCGUCGGAGCGUGUCGCGUUAGAAUCCGUGCGAAUUAACAUCGAAUAGGUGAUCUAUGUGCCGCGAUAUUGCCACCAAGUUAACGAUGAAGUGGAACGCGCGUGCAGCAAUUGCCGUCGGGGGCCGGGGGCGCUGAUCAACAAGUAGUUUGUACGCGCCGUAGUUCAGACAAGACGCCGUCGUGUUCGGAGAAGCUGUUGCUAUCAUCGCUGUCGUUCGCAUGAUUUCCUUGCACAGCUGCGUCGGGGUAUGUAUGACAAAUAUAUGACUAUCGCUGUGCGCGGCUGCAUUGCUAGAAUCGGUUUUCUUUUUCUUUUGUUUUCGAAAUUUUAACGGGAGUCAUACUUUUGCAUCGCGUCGAAGCAAUCCGCCGCCGCUUGUACAAACGCCAUGUUUUAAAUUAAUUCAAGUUUUUUUUUGGCGAUUUAUUUUGGCGAAGGAGAAAGAUUUUCUAUAUUUUCAUGAUAAAGAAGUGUUGAGCUGGUAGAAAUAAUUCGCGAAAUUGAUCGUAAUCGUAAAAAUCAUUGCAUCUUUCUGGUUUUCGGAGUGUUCGGAUUCUGAAGUUGGCGCAAUAAAUAACGAGUCGAUUGUCAGAGUGCGACGCGUGCAAGCUUCAAUGUUUGUCACACUGACCUACCGUAACGGACAUGACUUGAGUUAUUGUAAUCGAGACAAGUGAUUUCGCGUCGGUUAGAUCGUGCGUGUGAAUCGGGAGUGAAGUGCAAUAGUUUGCGAAGAUGUGAUCGCGCGUGUUAGUUUCGUAGUGAUAGGAAUCAAUCGAAUCGUCGCGUGUUUCCGCGAAUUCGCCGUGUUCGCGGGAACGGCCACAUUCGGGAGUGUUACGGGCGCUGCUGGUACCGGCAACAGGCUUUAUAAAGUGGCGGUGACGUCAAUGCACAUUUGCGCACGGAUCUUUGCGUGGGCAUGGGAUCUUCUUGUCGGUAGCGCAACGUAUCCGAUGCCGCAGUCUGUGGGAAUAGAAGUGCGGGUGACCAACGAGAUCCCCGUCGUUACGACGGAAACAAAUGUCGUACGAGAUGCAGCACCGCCUUGGACUACCACAUCGGCUCCGAGUCGGACUACCCCGCCCACCCCCACAAAUCCACAUUCACAAUACUUAUCGCCUCAUGUCUUGCAUGGACGGAACUCGCUUUGUUCCGCGAACGAUUACACGCGAAGGAGACGACCUAUGACACUGCGCAUCGGUCCUCGUUUGAGUCUUCCGAACAGAAGCACAUCGGCGCCGACCACAACCACAGACGGGGAGUGGCGUGCACUUAGGUGUCCGAGUAGUCUCAUUGUUGCUCGAAAAAGUAUACGAUGGUCGGUAAAAACAGUUGACCAUCUUCGCGCAAGGAACGGAACGUAA